CUUAAAAACAUUAUGAGUCUGAUUGAUAUCAUGUUUCGUGUCGAUGCAAUAUGCAAGAAAUAUGAAAAGUACGACAUUGAUAAGCAACGUGAGCUCAACGCUUAUGGAGAUGAUGCAUUUGCCUCUCUACUCGCUUCCUUAGAUUCUCAAAUUGAAGCUGCUUUACGUAAAUCAGAAAAGGCAUCGAUGGAGACAAAUAGAGCUACUGUAGUCGCCAUGAACGCUGAGAUUAGAAGAAUGAAAGUUAGAUUGAUGGAAGAAGUACCCAAACUAGAAAAGCUUGCCAAAAAGAAGGUGAAAGGGUUAUCAAGAGAGGAAUUAAUAGCUCGAUGUGAUGUGGUUCUUGCACUACCAGAGAGGAUUCAAGAAAUACCUGAUGGAACCAGUACCACAUUACUGUCAAAUGCGUCUACAUCUGCUACAAAUAAGAUUAAGUUUGAUACAGUAAGCGUAGAUCGUAUCUUUGGAGAUAGUUAUUUCCAACGAAGCGAAGAAUCAAGCCAAUUUAGAUCAGAGUAUGAAAUGAGGAAGAUAAAACAGGAUGAAGGCUUAAACGUAAUAUCAGAAGGUCUUGAUACACUCAAGAAUUUAGCUCAUGAAAUGAACGAGGAAUUAGAUAAGCAAGUCCCCUUAAUGGAUGAAAUCGAAGAUAAGGUUGACAAAGUAACAAGUGAUAUUAGAAACACGAAUGUGAAACUUAGGCAGACUCUUUUAAAGGUGAGGUCUACACGCAACUUUAUAAUCGACAUCAUCUUAUUAUGUAUAAUUUUGGGCAUCGCAUCAUAUUUGUACAAUUUGUUGGACGACUAAAGCGAAAUGAAGUAUUAAGAGGAUAGCUUAUGCACAACAUUGAAGGAUACAAUUCAAUUUUUGUUGUGUUCUCCUUCG